AUGGCCGGUCCUAAAGCUGAAAAGAAGCCCGCUUCCAAGGCUCCCGCUGAAAAGAAGCCCGCUGCUAAGAAGACUUCCUCUUCUCACGAAGCCAACAAGAAGAGAGGUAAGUCGAGAAAGGAAACUUACUCGUCGUACAUCUACAAGGUGUUGAAGCAAACUCACCCCGACACUGGUAUCUCGCAAAAGGCCAUGUCGAUCAUGAACUCGUUCGUCAACGACAUCUUCGAAAGAAUCGCCUCGGAAGCCUCGAAGUUGGCUGCUUACAACAAGAAGUCGACCAUCUCGGCCAGAGAGAUCCAGACCGCCGUCAGAUUGAUCUUGCCUGGUGAAUUGGCCAAGCACGCUGUGUCUGAAGGUACCAGAGCUGUCACCAAGUACUCGUCGAACUCGAACUAA